UGCCAGAGAGCAGAGUGUGUGUCAUAUUUCCAAAAAUCAAGAACCCAUCAUGCAACACUUUCAUCUCUCCCUUCCUUUCAAUUACAAGCUUUUGACAUGCCCAAAACUAAAUGGCACAGGAAAUUUACUUGUGCAGAGAAGAACCCAUCUUCAAACUAGCUUCCUCAGUUACAAUUAUAAGACCAAUCUAGCUCCUUCUUCAUUCACAUGCAAUGGCCCCAAUGUUAUUCUCAAGAAAAACUUUGCUGCUCCAUCUAAUGCAGCAAUAGCACACCCUAGCCCCUCUCCUGAGAAUGAGAUUCAUGAGAGUCCUGAUGUGGUUUCUGAGAAGAGUUUCUGGGGUGCUGUUAGUUUGAUUGUUGGAGCAGCUGUGGGGCCUGGAAUGCUGGGUCUGCCAGCUCUAACAAUUAAAUCAGGCCCAGUUCCUUCAACGAUCAUAAUCCUCCUCUCCUGGCUCUAUGUCAUUUCAUCAAUCAUUAUCGUUGCUGAACUUUGCUUUGAUGCCAUGGAAGAAGAUGAAAUGAAAGAAGUGAGUUUCACAAGCCUCGCUGCGAGAACACUGGGACCUCGUUUCGGUGCAUUUGUUGCUGUGGUUUACACCAGUUUGUGUUUUGCCUUGUUGGUAGCCUGUGUUGCUGGAAUUGGAUCCAUUUUCUGUCCUUCAUUUCCAGGGUUAAACACUUUGCUUGUUCAUUCCUUGUUUCCUAUUCUUGUUGGGAUCUUGAUUGUGUUCUUCCCGUUUAACACCAUCGAUGUCGCGAAUCGCGGGUUGUGCUUCCUCAUGCUUUUCUCUAUCACUGGACUUGUUGCUGUUGGGUUGUCCGUCGCGAGAGCCAACAUUAUAAGCUCAUUUGCUUCAGCUUCAUGGAAUCUUUCAGCAAUACUGAAGAUUAUACCUGUGACUGUGCUCACAUUGGGGUUUCAUGUGAUCACUCCUUUUAUGUGUAAGAUUGCUGGGGACACUGUAAAUGAGGCUAGGAAGGCAAUACUAAUUGGUGGGGCUGUUCCUCUAGUCAUGGUUUUGUCUUGGAAUUUCAUUGUGUUGGGGCUUGUGGGCACUAACACUAACUCAACUUCAGCAACAGCAACCAUUGAUGACCCUAUAUCCCUUUUGCUCUCAGUCAAUCCUGCUGCAUUAUCUGCAGUUCAAGGCUUUGCCUUCUCUGCUAUGGCAACAAGUUUGGUGGGAUAUGCUGUGAGUUUGCCUAAACAGAUUCUUGACACUAUGGAAUUGCUGUUUAAAAAGCCUUUAGGUUGUAAUGAGAAUCGAAGUGGAAGAGUCGGAUUGGCCUCAUACUCUAGAGGAGGGAAGGUUUGUUUCAGUGGUUCCACAAAUUCUAGAUCUGAAAUGAAGAAGUCAAAUGAGGGAACAUUUGAUCUGGUUAAAGUCGUUGUGACACUAUUAGUCCUUGGGUUUUCGGUGCUCAUAGCAUCUUAUUUUCGAUCUACCUUUUCAAGAGCUCUGGAGUUUGCUGGUGUCUAUGCCAAUUGCUUUCUUUUUGGUAUUAUUCCUCCUGUCAUGGCUUACAUACACCAGUCCAAGAAGAAAACCAGGUCAUCAAUAGUUCCAGGCGGGAAUGUGACGCUUCUACUGCUUUUCAUUAUCUCUGUCAUUUUGGGAAUUUGGCACUAGAUUUUCUCUGUAAUUCUACCAUGCUCUCAUCCACCCUUUCUGAUAUAGUGAUAUUGUAUUAUUGUAGCAGUUCAUACCGAUUAAAGGGUGUGAUGUUAUUCCCAAAAUUUUAAAAUCGGAUUAGAGGAAGCAUACCAAAAUGUGAUUGCAAGAUAGUGGAAUACAUGUCAUCUUGCAUGUACUGUACACAACCUUGAAAAAUAAGUGGGAUCUUAGCAAGCUGUGAAUGACUAUAAUAAUGCUUUUUGUUCCA